AUUGCCGGCCUGAGGCUGUUUGAUGAGCGUUUUCCCCAAUCCUGGAUCGCAGUUGCGCGGGUCAGCUCGUUGCUUUGCUGGGAGCCCGAGCAGGAAUUAAACGAGAAAAGCUAAGUUGGACCUCUCUCGUCUCUAUUAUUGUUGUUGUUGCUAUCACCUGUUCCUCUUCUUCUCGCAAACCCCUGCCGCGCACACAGCCCGCUCGUGUCAAGCACGUCAUUACUGGCUCCCAGCUGGUCUCCAAUUGGCGUGCCGGAGGAUAAAACAGGCUUGCUCCUAGUCCACAGCCAAAGCCAAAAGCUCAAGCCCAAACCCACGAGGCGAGGGGCCCAGCGUCGGCCACCGCACCACCACCAUAUCUCGCCAGCACAGGCAAAACUCGCUUAGCCACUCCGGAGGUCGCAUCUCGCUCUUUUGGGGGACAUAAUACCAAGAAGGGGGGAAAAACCACAAAAAAAGAAAGACCAAGAAACAUGGCCGAUUUACAACAACAACAAUCACCUCCUACCAUCCUUCAACCUCAGCAAGACGACCAUCCCCUCUCCUUGCGACCUGGCGGCUCGAGAUCUGGCUCUCCCCAACCGCAGCAGGCCCUUCUCUCCAGCUACGAGCAGCUCGAGACUGAUCCCGCCAUGUCCUCUUAUCAGCGUGUCCCAUCCGCCGGAUCUGGCAAUUUUGGGACUCAGUCACCGCCUCUGCCCCAGCAAUCGUCGUCGUCGGCCAAUAUGACCAGCUACACCAGCGCGCGAUUCCCCAGCCAGUACUUCCCUCCCCAGUCGCCCACCAAUGAGCAAUCCGGCUCUUCUGCCAACCCUUUCGCCGAUGGGCCAGGAGGCUCGCGCUCUCGAAGCAGCACCAUCGGCCAGAACUACCCAAUCGCCGUCGCGCCGCCCAUGCCAACUUCACCUCCUCAGCAAUCCGUCCAACCACUGUUUGCCCAGCACAGCGGCCACGCCGGCUCCUCAUCCCGCCCAGUUUCCCGCUCCGCUGGGUCUGGUGGCUCCGGCUCCAUGGGCGGACCCAUGCCAUCAAUGCCUACCGGUAGCGGAGGGAGUGGUCCCAGCACCCGCCCCACCAGUGCCAAAUCCCCCUUCUCGCCACCCAUCACCUCGCCGCCACGCAACCGCCCGCAUCAGAUCCUGCUGAUCAACCCCAACUCGACGCGCGCCAUGACCGAGGCCAUGCUCCAGUCCUUGCGACCGGUCAUCCCUCCGGGAGUCGAGGUGACAGGAUACACGGCGCCGUACCCAGCACCCACGGCCAUCGAGUCCACGACGGACGCAAUCAUGUCGACGGAAGCCGUGCUACGAGAUCUCGCCAAACACGCCGCCUCGAACGGCGAGACGGUGCAAAACUACGACGGCAUGAUUGUCGCCUGCUUCAGCAAGCAUCCGCUCAUCGACGCCUUGCGAGAGUCUUACGAUGUGCCCAUCAUCGGCAUCAUGGAGGCGAGUGUCUACGUGGCGCGCAUGCUGGGUGGACGCUUCGGCAUCGUCGCCACGGCACAACGCUCCAAGAUCAAGCAAGAUGACGACAUCUCCGCCUACGGUCUCGGGCAUUUCUACGUCGGAAGCGAAGCCACCCACCUCGGCGUCCUUGAGCUCGAGUCCCGCCCAAGAGAGGAGGUUGCUAAACGAGUUGCACACUGUGCCCGCGCGUUGGUCAUGAAGGGCGCCGACACCAUUUUGCUGGGCUGCGCGGGGAUGACGGACAUGGUCCGCGCGGCCAAGGAUGCGGUCAGGGAUGAGGACGGGCGCCGGACCGUCAAUGUCAUUGACAGCGUUGAGGCCGGCGUCAUGAUGAUGAGUAGUCUGAUUGGCAUGGGCAUCCCUACCAGUAAGAAAGGCAUGUAUAAAGGGGAGAAGGAAGGCAGGAGGACGAGAGGUCAGAAUUGGUUGUGAUUGUGAGGGGCUGAAUGAAUGCUGGGAAAUAAUAGAAAGGCGAUUUCGAUGGGUGAAGUUCUAGUGUUCCCAUUGCAAAACGUCUGCGAAAUGAAGGACAAGAUGAGACGAGAUGACUUUGGGCCAAUUUGUGCAAAGAUCGAGUAUCCGUUGGACGAGCCUCUGCCGAAAGCACGUUUGUGUGGCAACACAACUAUAGCUAUAUAAUAUAGCCAGCUGCACAUAUAACCCCAGACCACAGCCCGGGCUCCGAGACUUGAGAGCGGGAAGGCUUUUGCAAUUUGAGCGAUGAAGCGCAUGGAGUUCCAACGGGUGUUCCGUACUCUGCCUGCUCUUCUUCUCCCAAGCACCCAAACAUGUGUAGUGGAGGGGAGGGGAGGAACGGGUAUUUCAAAUGGGCGAAAAUAUAUUCCAGAAUC